ACGUGACUAGAAAUUGUUGAAUUGAUUUUGGCUGCUCAAUGUGGCCCAAAUAAUAUCUACUUCUGUAUAUGACCAUUUCUAACAACAAAUCUCAGGGCCAAUAUGGCCCUCUAGAGAUUGUAACAAUGCCUUCAUUAUAAGUCAAAGUUCAUGGUCCCUUAACUGGACCCAGCUUUCAGGGCAUACAUGUACAAGUGUUUGUGAUCAGUCAUAGUUAAUGUUGGUUUUCCUUGGAUUCUUACAAAUUGUAGCUAAAAAUAUUUUUUUUUCUUUCUAGAAAUCAAGAUGGCACAUGAGAUACAUUUAAAGAACAACAAAUACCGGCAGUGGGUUAAGGCUGGCCUAGGCUUGGGUUAUCUUAAAGAGGGACUUGCGCCAUUUUGUGAUGACAUAGGAAGACAGCAGCACAACGAUAUUAUAAACAAAAUACAACAAACAAAGACUCCUCAACCAAACGUACCAUGUGGCGCCUGUCAGAUAACAACUCUCCAGCCAGACCAUGUCCGAGUCUCAAAAGGGAUAUGUCCCCUCAAACAAGAUAAAUGUAACUGUUGCUUUCCAAAUAAUAAGAGACCCUGUCCAAACAAUGUAUGUGGUGCCAUCUAUGACAGCAUUAUACAGUAUCAUGCAUCAAUGCCACCGGCACCUUUUUGGAAAAACAGUGAUGUCCAACAGUGGUCAACAGAACCGUGGGAGGUUUGCAAAUGUUUUAUAAAUGCUCCUGGGUACAAGGACAAGACAUCAGCAGUCGACACUGAUUGCACUGGGUUGCUUCAUGUUAUCAUAAAUAACAAGUACUUUCAUAGUCACAUUGGAUGCAAUGUUACCGGACCAAACAAUCUUUUUUCAAAGGUACGGCAGUACCGGAACGAGAUUUUUCAUUCUAGCAAUAUGGAAUUAGAGGAGAGCAAGGCUAAUUGUUAUAUUAAUGACAUGAUAGCUGUAUUACAAGAUGGUAAGGAACUUUUAUAUCGACAAUGUGCACAACAAGCUGUCGGGAAACUUCAAGAUCUUAAGCAAAAAGACUUCUAUGUAACUACUGAAUGCUCUGAAGAAAUUUUGAAACAAAUCAAAGAUGAAAUGACAAAAAUGCGAGAAUUUACUGAAAAUGCUGCAACUAAAGAGGACUAUGAGGAGCUCAAAAAUAAAUUUAUUGAACUUGAAAGACAGUUGGCACAAGAAAGAGAGGGACAACUUGAGGCUGGGAAAGAACAGAAAAGAAAGUUUACUGAACUUGAGGCAGUUUUAACAGAGCAAAAACAGGAGAUAGAAAGACUCAAGGAAGAAGAUUCUCCUCAACAAAAACAGUUAGAGUUUGAAAAGGCUAAAUCAGAAUGGCGGGAAAAGCUGAUAGAACAGUAUCACAAAACCCUGCUGCAAGUUCCUACAACACCUUUACAACCAAAAAGUGAAAAAUGUAGCUUUAAUGAGAUUUAUAUUAGGCCCAAAAUAACGAGGGAAAUAAAAGGAGAAAAGGGUGAAACAAAGGAGGUGGAGGUUGAAACAAUGUCAGAAAUCUUCACAAAGGACGGAGUCCCACAAAAAUCUGUAUAUGUUCUAGGAGAUGCAGGGUCAGGAAAAACUAGUUUUUGUAAAUAUCUGGUUAAUUGUUGGUGUUUGGCACACAAUGAGGCACAUGAAGCUGGCAAUGAGAACAAAGAUGGCAGUGGUAAAACUGAAGGCGACAGUGAAAAACACAGAGGUGACGGUGAAAAACAUGGAGCUGGCAAUGAAAAUAUAAAUGGCAGUUGUAAACCUAAAGUUGACAGUGAAAAAUAUGGAGGUGAUGGUGAAAAACAUGGAGCUGACAAUGAAAAUGAAGAUGGCAGAGGAAAACUUGAAUGUGACAGUGAAAAACAUGGCAAUGAAAAUGAAGAUGGCAAUGGUAAAGCUGAAGGUGACAGUGGUAAACAUGGAGGUGACAGUGAAAAACAUGCAGGUGAAAGUGAAAAACAUGAAGGUGGCACUGAAAAACACAGAGGUGAUUUUGAAGAACAUGAAAAAAGAGGAAGUGACAUUGUAAAUGAAGAGUUAAAGGGGGCACAUAGUGGAGACAUUGAAAACGAAGAGGGCAGUAAGACACAUGGAGGUGUUAAUGAGAAACGAGGAGACGAAAAACAUUUAUUAAGACUUUUAAGAUUUUUUGGCGGUGACUUAAUACACUCCGAAUCCGAUAGUGACGACUAUGAUGGUGACUUAACAGACUCUGAAUUUGACAGUGAUGACUCUGAAUAUGAUAGCAAAAAUUAUGAAGUUAAAUUCAAUGGUGUAAAAGAGAUGAAGAAAUUUGAUUUUGUAUUUUACAUCCCUCUUAGACAGUAUCAGAACAUUGACACUAUCGAUGAAAUGCUUCAAAAACGUUAUCAAAUGAAAAUGUUAAACACACUUCUUGAAGAGGAAUCCUCUAGAGUUAUGAUUUUACUUGAUGGCUUAGAUGAAUGGUCUUCUGAAAAUGUCCCAGAACAUAGCAUCUUUAAGGAGUACACAAUAUUAACUACUUCGCGGCCAUGGAAAUUUCAUACAUUAAGAUCAAGUGAUGUGGAGAUUGAACAGUCGCUAAAUCUGAAAGGGUUUGAUUUUAGAUGUGAAAGGGAAAUGGUAAAUAGGACAGUCUCACAAUUAAAUAUAAAUAGACAUGCUUAUAAAAAAGCUAGAGAUUGUAGGGAAAUGCUAGAAGAAGAGUCUCUGGAAAGUUUAAAACAGGUACCAAUUAUGCUACAACAACUGAUAUGUCUAUGGUUUGAUGGUAAACUCGAUAAAACCUCAAGAAGUGCCAUCUACACCGGUAUGUUAGAAUUAUUCUUCACCUGGAAUGACCUGAAAACUACAGGAACAAGUACUCUACUCAUGAAGGGUACCCAGAAAGUAAACCUCCCUCAAUAUUUAGCCGAUAAAACCAAAUUAAGAUUAAACCGCCAUUUCAUUUAUGAAGUGUCACAGUUGGCUUAUGUGACACUAUUUAAUUUUCCGAAGGAUAAAUCCUUGACAUUUGACAUUUGUAUGUUUGAUGAACUAGAAAUAUCAGAUGAAGUAAGAGAAAAUUGCUUGAAACUUGGAAUAUUGACAGAAGAUGAAUGUCCAAGUUUUUCUGUAUCAGAACCACCCAAGCUCAUUGUUCUCUUUUAUUCACAAAUCAAUGCAAGAAUUUCUGGCUGCAGUGAAUAUUUGCAUCAAUUUCAAUGCAAAAAAUGGUUUGUCAGAUAGUACAGGAAAUGUGGAAUUAGCCAAGAAUUUUAUAAAUGAAGUUUUUCAGAACUGUUCAACAGUAAAUGACAUAUUAGAGCAAUCAAAUGUUAUCUUUAUGCUAUGUGGUUUAGAACCUAAAUUAGCAACACAUGUUUCAAAAUACAUAUAUGAUACUUUGUCAGAAGACUCUGCUGUUCAGGAAUACAGGAGAACAAUAAAUAGACACAGAGAUAGAAUACGGAUGUUAGUAAUUCCUGUUAUGCUUUCUGAAUAUGAUAUUAGACAUAUUACUGAUAUUCAAAGGCUUAUUUUUGAGUUAAUUGAAGAAUGCAAUUCAUCAGAUAUUCAUGGAAGCCGUCCUGUAUUUUAUAUAGGUGAUUUGGUCAUUGAAACAUUGAGUCGGUAUUGUGAUAUUAUUUGUUCAGGUAUUGAUCAGCAAC